UAAAAUAUCGAAUGGUAUCACUUGUUUUUCAGUACUAGUGAAAUUAUUAUCUUUAUUUUGAUAUAUAUUUUGUUUUAAAAGUUUUAAUUUGUUGCAUUUUCCAAGACGUCAUAAGAAAUGGAGAUGGAGAAAGGUGAUAUGUGUCAAAGUUUAAUUGAAUGGUUUAAAACCCUAAAUUUGACGGCUCCGCAUUCCAAUUUAGAAGAACUGUCUGAUGGAGUUGCUUUGGCACAGGCAUUAAACCAAUUUGCUCCUGAGGUCUUUACAAAUUUGUGGUUGUCGAAAAUUAACUCGGGGAUUAACUGGCGUUUAAAGAUGAGUAAUUUGAAGAAGGUUAUUGAAGGCGUUUAUGAUUAUUAUAGUGAUGUAUUAAGUUAUUCACUGGCGGACUUUCCACGCCCCGAUGCACAACGUAUUGCAGAGAAAUGUGACGCUGGUGAGCUGGAGCGUCUAUUACAGCUGGUACUCGGCUGUGCAGUAAACUGUGUUGCCAAACAAGAUUACAUUCGACAAAUAAUGUCCUUAGAGGAAUCACUACAAGCUAAUAUAAUGCGUGCUUUGCAAGAUCUUGAGUCGACUUGGCAAGGAGGGAAAGGCAGUCUCCUCUGUCCCUCCAGUUCUCUGAGCAUAGCGAAUUUCGAUUACAAGAUAUUACAAGAAGAACGAGACGCCUUAGCUCAAAAAUGCUUCGAAGCUGAAAAUAAGAUGUUAUUACUGGUCGAAGAAAAAUCUGGCAUGCAACAAGAACUUGCUAAGUUACAAGUCGAAGUCGAACGUUUAACAUCCAACAUUGCUGCAAUUGGAGACGAUGGAGUGUCACUAGGACCUGUUCAAGCUGGUUCAGCACGUUAUAGUGAACUUCGGCGACAACUAGAUCGGAUGAAAGAGGAACUCAUACAGUCAGAUGCCACUCGGGAAGAUUUGAAAUUAAAAGUUCAACAACAAGAAAAGGAGAUUCAAUCCAUGCAGCAACGUAUUGAUGAGUUAACAAAAAAUACUUCUGAACUAAUCCAACUAAAGGAUGAAGUGGAUGUGCUGCGCGAAUCAAACGAUAAAUUGAAAGAGUAUGAAAUUCAAUUGGAAACAUACAAGAAGAGACUGGAAGAGUAUAAUGAUUUAAAGAAGCAUAGUAAAAUUUUAGAAGAGAGAAAUGCUGAUUACGUACAACAAAUAAUGCAAUUCGAAGAAGAUGCAAAAAAAUCUGCCACCCUAAAGGGCCAAGUAGAACUUUUCAAAAAUAAGAUUCAAGAUUUACAUACGCAGCUUGAUGGAGAAAUGAGCAAAAAUGUCAAACUGGAAUUUGAUAAUAAAAAUCUUGAAAGCAAUAUCAGUGCAUUGCAGCGAGCUAAGGAAAGUUUACUGAAAGAGCGCGAUAAUCUUCGUGAAGCUUUAGAUGAACUUAAAUGCGGACAGCUGUCAACGAGUUCGGGCAGCUUAAAUGGCAACACAAUGUCUAAAGAGCUUCAGCCGACUGCACUUGCGGAAAAAGUACACAGAUUAGAGUUAGAAAAUAAGGCUUUGCGAGAAGGUCAAGGUGGCCAAACAGCAUUAACGCAACUAUUGGAUGAUGCAAAUAAGCGCAAUGAAAAUUUACGCGAACAACUGAAAUCAGCAAAUGAACGAAUUCUUUCCUUAUCACACGCAUCACAGAGUGGCGAUCCGAAUCUUAAAGAGUUCGAGUUUGGUAAACAGAUUAAGCAACUUAUGGAGUUGAACGAGCAGAAAACAAUACAGCUAGAAGAAUCGGUUUCUCAGAAUGUAUCAUUGCAAAGCAAGAUAACUCAGUUGGAAAAUACACUUACAACACGCGAGCAAGACCUUCUAGCUUAUGAUGCAAAAUAUAGAAAAUGCGUUGAAAAGGCGAAGGAAGUCAUCAAAAAUCUAGAUCCGCGAUUUGCCAAUGUUAUCGAAGCAAAUCUGCUUGAACGGCCUCAGGACUCUGAAGAGGAACCCAAGGCAAGAAUGAGUACGGUGGAGGAGCGUUUAAUGACUACAGCUUUUUACAGAUUGGGUGUGAAUGCACAGCGUGAUGCAAUAGACGCAAAACUUGCGUUGCUAAUGGGGCAGGGACAAACAUUUUUGGCUCGUCAACGGCAAUCAGCACCUAGAAAAUCGUUAACAACUUUCAAGAACAAAUAAAAAUCUGUGAGCUCACACAGCCAUUUGUUAUAUUUUAUGAAAUAAGAUGGAAAUAGACGCAAAACUUAUUUCAAGAUGUGUACCCGAAAGCACACCAAAAGUUAA